AUGGCUUACGAUAUGAAUAGUCUCUUCUCGUCGAAUCAGCCACCGCUCAACGGAGGCGGCGGCGGACCCGGUGGACCUCCACAACAACAACAGGGGCCUCAAUCGUUGUGGUCACUUCAACAGUUCUCGCAGAUGGGAGGACCGGACAACUUCCACAACGCUCCAUUCAUGCCACAACUUGGAAUGAUGAACCAAUACCAGAACGCUCCACAUCUUUCGAUGCCUCCACCUCAACCACUGAUCCCUCCCUCCCAGCUACAUCAGCCAAUGCCAGAUCCUCAACGAGCGGAUAGUAUCCAGGGCUUUGGUACUCUCACCUGGCUCUCCGCGAAGGCUGGAUUGAUCACAUGCAAGGAUAAGAUGGUUAUCUCAUUCCAGUUGAAGGACUUUUGCGAUCAGAUGCUCAAUGACUUGACCUCAGUUCUCCGUGUCGGAUUCACUUUGAGCUUCCACGCCGCUCUCAACGAGACCAGCGAGUACACCGCUACCAUUGUCAACCCAAUCUACGGUCCAGAUGCUGAUGUUCUCUUCUUGAAUGCAGCUGAAGUCGACUUGGAGGCAGCUAACCCAACUCCACCAAAUUCCAAGGACGCCUAUUCACCAGCUCUUGAGCAGAAGGCUAUCCCAGCUCUUCUGGCCAUCUUCCAACGUCACGGUCUCCAACAAAUCCAGCUCAGCAGGAGUUUCAGCCUUCACUCACAAAUGUCCAACUGUGGCGACGACGAGUUGUUCCGCUACGUUGGAACAUCCUCGCUCAAACGUCGCCAAUUCGUCGAGCGUCGCACUCAUCUGUUCCGUCUUCAGAAUGAUGACUCCAUCAUUCUUCAGUACCCAGCUGUCUACCAAGCCGUCUACCAGCUCGCCUCGUUCUUGCUCCGCCAUGGAGGUGCCACCUCGAUCCAAUCGCUUUUCGAUUACUACAUGAGUGGAGAUAUUCCACAAGAAGUCCGUGACCACAAUGGAGAUGGACGCCAAGACUUCCUCAACCUCUUGACCGCUCAUAACUGGGUCUUCGCUCUUUUCCCUAAUCGCACUUAUGUCUCUGUCCGUCGUAAUCUUCCAAGCUACGACUACGUUGGAUUCAUCAAGCAACACUUCCCAGAGUUGGAUAGCGGAAGACGUCAGAUGGGUUACGGUCAGCCACCACGCGGAAUUCAAAGAACCAUGUCGGCUCAGAUGGGCGGUUCGUUCGCUUCUGGAAGAGGACCACAGCAGAGUUUGCUCAUGCAGCAACAUCAGCACCCAAUGACUCCAGCCACAAACCGCCCGGGCUCCCUCUGGGACUCUCAAUCAUCGUUGUCUCAAAGCGGAAACAGUGGCGACCAAUGGAGUCCACUCUUCUCCCCAAGCACCUGGUCCAACACCCCAUCCGCCAACCCACGUCUCUCAUCUCUCGGCGGGAUUGGCUCGAUGAACGAGACAUUGCUCUCCGGUGUCAAUUACAAUGCGCUUCUCGCGAUGCCACCAAGCGCGAAAAACGAGAGAAGCAUCGGAGUUCAGGCUGAUGAUCUUUUGGAUCGUAUGAUGGUUAACCCUAUCGGUCGUUCGGGAUGUACGUGUCAAUGUCAGUGUGGACGUGGUGGUGCGGCGGUCAUUGGAACCACUCGUGGAUCGUCAUCGAGAGCUUCUGGAGGAUCGGCUACCCCGCCGAGUGUUGAUGGGGCUAGUCAGAUUGAUCGUCUCUCGCCAUCUAAUCACGCCGGUUCGAUCGGUGACCGUACUCUCACCGCCGCCUCUCUCGGUGUCGAUAUCGUCGAUCCGGCACAACAAGCCGGAGGAGAAGGAGCCGCUGCUCAACAACGCUAUUAUGAUCCAUUCGGAACCGCUGAUUUGUUGAAUGGAACUCGUUUGAACUCACUCCGUAUUGGUAACUAA